CUUUGUAUCUUAGCCGUUGAUGAAAUUAGGUUUUCCAUUCUUCUCCCACCCUUUAAACCUCGCAUGCGCCACGGCCGUCUCUUGGAUUUUCUCUCAGAGCUGAAGCUAGGGUUUACCUGGAAUACACUCUAACCUUUUAAUCGCUCUACUGAGAUCUUUCAACAUGUACACUGCAUUGCAAAAAAUUCACAAGGACAAGGAUUCUGAGCCCACUGAGUUUGAGGAGACUGUUGCUCAGGCUCUGUUCGACUUGGAAAGCACAAAUCAGGAGAUCAAGAGUGACUUGAAAGAUCUCUACAUCAACUCUGCCUUGCAAAUUGAUGUUUCUGGAAACAAGAAGGCCGUAGUGAUCCAUGUUCCUUACCGGCUUAGGAAAGCUUUCCGCAAGAUUCAUCCUAGGCUAGUGAGAGAGCUUGAGAAGAAGUUCAGCGGAAAGGAAGUCGUUCUUAUUGCUACCCGAAGGAUAUUACGGCCGCCAAAGAAGGGUUCUGCAGUUCAGAGGCCUCGUACCCGUACCCUUACAGCUGUCCAUGAGGCUAUGCUUGAGGAUAUAGUUUAUCCCGCUGAAAUAGUUGGGAAACGUGUCAGAUACAGACUUGAUGGAUCAAAGAUAAUGAAGGUUUUCUUGGAUCCCAAAGCAAAGAACGAUGCUGAAACUAAGCUGGAGACUUUUGCUGGAGUCUACAGAAAGCUUUCAGGGAAAGAUGUUGUCUUCGAAUUUCCAAUCACCGAGGCCUGAAAUGCCUAGCGUCUUUCUUUCAGUGUUUUAUUAAUUAAAAUCACUGUAUUUUUGCAUUUAGUAUAUGACUUUUGAAGUUUUGACCGGCAAUCAAGUUUUAUUCAAGACGUUUGUUGAAUGCUCUCAGUUUCUGCAAAGCCAUUUGGUUGUGUGUUUUGUUAAAGUUGCAUCUCUUGCAAGCCUUCCAAGAA